CCCAGCCAAAAUAUCUCUUCCACCCGCUUCAACGCGCUGUCCAGGUCCUUGCCGGCGACAGAGCUAGCCACCACUCGUUCGACCAGCUCUUGUUCUCUUUUCCCAUCGGUACCGGUUCGACGGCAUGUAUUAUUUACGGCACCAAUUGCUUUAAGGCGCACCGUGUUUUUUUCUUUCUAAAAACUGUGUGUGGUGUAUUUUUGACCACAUCUGGAAAACUGCGCCGCUAGCAGCCACCCCCCGUCCUUGCAAAGGUCGACGGCACGUCUUUUCCUUCCCGCCUCAUCGCGCCGACCAUCAUAUACAGCAUUUCGACCACAUGGCAAGACGGGCAGCUGUGCCUGGCGGCAGCGCCGAUGGCUCCAGCUCGCCUCGCGAUCCGGACAAGCCUCGUUUGGACCGCGACAACCACGAAUCCAAGCCGGCGACGACGUCGCGUCCCUCGUCGUCUCGAAAACCUCGCAGGCCGAGUAAUUUGGACUGGAACCCUCCAAACGGUACCAUUGACCAAACUACCGACAAGGGCACUUUGACUCAUGCGCCUCCCGAAUCCCCUUCACUCCCAGCAGCAUCUAUAGCCGCGGGCCGUUCCAAGAAAAUCACCACUACGUCACCAGCGAAAAACCGCCACGGAUCAUGGUCCAUAUCGAAACUUGCCUUUGUAACAGCUACUCUCGGUCUCAUUUUACUGGGCACAAUCCUGAGAUCCCUAGUAUCCCGGCAAUUGGAACCAAAAGGCUGCCGGAUGUCCUAUAUGCGGCCGAGCUACAUACAUUAUCACGAAUUCGACACGGAACACACUCGAUUCGCAACAAAAUAUUCUCUAUACUUGUACCGUGAGCAAGGCUUCGAUGACGAGCAUAAGUUACGUGGCGUCCCCGUGCUCUUUAUCCCUGGUAAUGCUGGAAGCUACAAACAAGUCCGCCCGAUUGCUGCAGAAGCCUCAAGCUAUUUCUACGAACAGCUUCAACAUGACGGAUCCUCUGUGGCGCAUGGUAUUCGAAACCUCGAUUUCUUUACUGUUGACUUUAACGAAGAUAUUACUGCCUUCCAUGGGCAAACACUUCUUGACCAGGCGGAGUACCUCAAUGAGGCAGUCCGCUUUAUCUUGACGCUCUACUCCGACCCAACCCGGACAGCACGAGAUGCGGGCUUACCAGACCCAUCUUCUGUCAUCAUCGUUGGCCACUCAAUGGGCGGCGUUGUGGCUCGAACGAUGCUCAUCCAGCCAAACUAUCAGCUCAACUCCAUCAACACAAUCAUUACCAUGUCUGCACCACACGCGAGACCUCCAGUAACGUUCGAUGGGCAGAUUGUACAAAUAUAUGACGAAAUAAACGACUACUGGAGAGAAGCGUAUGCGCAAAAGUGGGCUAGUAACAACCCGCUGUGGCACGUCACUCUUGUAUCAAUUGCAGGUGGCAGUCUGGACACCGUCGUUCCAUCUGAUUAUGCCAGCUUAGAAUCUCUUGUACCCGAAACGCACGGCUUCACGGUUUACACUACUGGUAUCCCAACAGUGUGGACUAGCGCCGAUCACCAAGCCAUUCUAUGGUGUGAUCAAUUCCGCAAAGUGGUUUCACGAGCACUCUAUGACAUUGUUGAUGUGAAUCGUGCUAGUCAGACGAGGCCAAGAGCAGAGCGCAUGAGAACAUUUGUGAAGCAUUUCCUAACUGGAUUAGAGGCUAAUGCAGAAAAACCCGGCAUACAAGAAUCUCAAACCGCCUUACUCACUCUGGAUGAUAAGACAUCGUCUAUGAUCCCCGCGGGUGAGAGAUUAGUGUUGCGAAAUCUCGGAUCAGUUGCUCGUACCGAAACAUAUCUCUUUCCAAUUCCUGCUGCAGGACAGCUCGAGAACCAGCAUUUCACUCUGCUUUCCGAUACAGCGCUAGAUAUUAGCGGUGGCCACGGACCACUUGAAGUUCUCCUAUGUGGAACACAUACCGCUCAGAAUGCUGAUGGCUCCGCGAACUACGCAACGACCAUACAUCUGGCCGAGAGUGAUAGAGCGACGACCCAGCUUCUGUGCAAAAAUGCACAUGCUGAUAGCGUCCUGCUACCCGCUUCAACACCUUUUACAAAGCACCCAUUUUAUUUGGAAAACGAGGCAGAAAUCAGACCGUUUUCGUACCUGCAAUACAAGAUGAGCCAUCUCGCCGAGUACCAAUUUAUCGCCGUCAUCAACAAAGCCGGCUCAGCUAGCAACAGCUUUGUCAUUGCCGAGUUCAUCGAUGCCAUAGAUUCUACCCACGUGGUUGAUGUUUCUUUGGGCCAACUCUUGAUGGAAGGUGUUACUUUUGAGCUUCCCCAAGAUCGCCCCUUGUCUGUCGACGUUCUGGUACCGGCGAUGCAGUCGAGCUUGCUGGCGUAUAACCUGCAGGUGAAGCAUGGCCAAUGCCAAGGAAAUCCCCUUUUCUCCCCAAUGUUGAGACAGUAUCUUGAUCAGCCCCACGAAUCGAAGUUCUUCGUUAAUGUGGAAAAUGCAGACAUUAGUCUGCACGGAAUCGCACCCUAUAUGCCACCAGCAUUGGAACCACAAGCAGCUGAAGGUAUCGCUCUUCAGUUUUGGUCUGACCCAACUUGUGGCAUGCCUCUUUCUAUUGAGGUGCAGUUUGAUGCCAUUGGCAGUCUUGGGAAAUUGUAUAUGAGAUAUCGCACAGUGUUUGCUGCGUUCCCCCUUCUCAUUGUCACUCUUGUUCUACGGAAGCAGUUCCGAGUGUAUGACGAGACAGGCACAUUCAUUCCAUUUUCUGAAGGCCUGGACAUGAGCUUACGACGCUCUAUCCCUCUGUUGCUCCUGUCCAUGACACUAUUAUCAGCAUCUAUUGGUGGUGCCCCGUACAUUCGCAAUGGCCGAAUUUGGAACCGCACAAGAGCAGUACCACAUUCUGAAGUUGACUUUCAUCGAAAUGACCUGCUUAUUGGUACCGAUGACCCAUUGUUUACAGCCAUUGUACCUAUUAUUGGCCUUGUGUGUGUUGGAGUCUGCACAGCUCUUCAUUAUAUGAUCCUAGCCAUCACCAAGAUCUUCUCUAUUCUGUAUGGGCUACUUAGAAGCACUAGGGCGGCAGCGAUGGGUAUCGAUACCGCCAGUGCAAGCUUACCGGUUAUUGCUGCUUCUACCCCACGUAGGCGUAUGCUCUCAACCGCGAUACUCCUGUUUCUGGUCUCGACAUUUAUUCCGUAUCAGUUUGCGUACCUGGUGGCAUGCCUUGUCCAGUUAUUCACAUCUACCAGAGCAUUGAGGAUCUUGACUGUGAACCCAUCGCUCUCGAACGCAAACUAUUACCAUUAUUGCCACUCUAUUCUGCUCCUUAUGAUGUGGGUUCUACCCAUCAACCUACCUAUCUUGGCAGUUUGGAUCCGGAACCUGGCUGUCCAUUGGCUAACACCAUUCUCUUCCCACCACAACGUUCUCUCUAUUAUGCCCUUUAUUCUGCUGGUGGAAAACCUCACGACUGGAAGGAUGGUUCCGCAAAUAUCAAGUGGUCUCCGCCAUGUGACCAGCAUUUUCCUAUUUUGCACCGCUCUUUGCGCCGCGUUGUAUGGCGUAUCCCAUGCCUACAUGCUACACUAUCUUGUCAAUAUCAUAGCUGCUUGGCUCGUCAUUCUCCAUGCAACCUCAAAUACUUGGUCUCUUGCCAGUAUUAGCUCCAUGUUUGAAGGCAAUGCUCAUGAGACAAGGAAGACAGGAAAAGCAGCAUGAUGGGAUGAGGAGCCUCUAUCAGCCUCUACAAUUAGCAUUGUUGUAAGAAUACUUGCGAUUUCAUGCGCCAACAUGCUUGGUAAAUAAUUCCUAAUCCGCCAGCUAGCCGGUUAUCUAAAAUAUUAGAUAACCCACAGGUCUGGCAGUCUCGCUUUUUUUUCUUUUCACUUUCUUUGCACAUUCUACUUUCUAUUUAGCAUAUUGUGGCGUUUCAUUGCCUUUACCAAACUGUCAUUCGGUGGAAGGGUCAUCUUGAGGUUUGGUGGUAUUCCAUGAGGCAUUGUUGGCUAGGUUUUGAAUACAUGCAUUUUUGAGGGUGAACUGGCGAGGGACGUACACGAGGUGUAUUAGCGGCAACAUUUAACAGCUUAUGAUUAUGUAUUAACUUGAGUAAAAGA